AUUAAUCUGUGAUACUUGUUUGAGAAAUUACAAAAACAUUAUUUUUAAAAUUACAAAAACAUAUGUUUUAAAACAAAAGAAAUUGAUAACCCUCUGAAUUUAAAAAUGGUACAUAUGAAAAUCAAUUACUACAUUGUAUUUUUUGUAUUUGUUUUGAGCUACAAUUAUGUAGUUUCCGAGUUCGUAACCUUGACGGCUAUUACUGCUGCAGCAUUAGCAGGGGCUUGGUUUAAAUGGGAAACUCCUAUUAAAGAUAACACUGUAUGUCGUUAUAUGGAAUGUUGUAAUGAUGCUUACAUCCCCUACGAUUUGGAAAAAUUAAAAGAAUCAUUUGCACAAAAAAUGUUCGGUCAGCCAUUGGUCAAUGAAUUAGUGAAUAUUCUUAGUGCUCAUAAAGCUGCAGUAAAUGAUAAAAGCAAACCAAAUAAAAAGGCGUUGGUUAUAAGUUUACAUGGGUUAUCUGGAGUUGGUAAAAAUUAUGCUACAUCAUUGAUAGCUGAAGCUGUCUAUAAGAAAGGGAUGGAAAGUAAAUUUGUUAAAAUGUUCAUGGGUAGCACAGAUUUUGAUUGUGAAGAUGUACAGAAGAGUCAGAGAGAAUUAGUUAAUAAAGUCAAUGAAAUGGUGAAGAAAUGCCCAAAAUCCUUAAUAAUAAUUGAUGAAAUACAUCAUAUGUGUCCAUCAGUUCUUGAUGCAAUAAAGCCUAUGUUUGAUCAUUAUCAUGCUGUGGAUGGUGUGGACUUCAGAAACAGUAUUUUUAUAUUUAUAUCAAACACUGGUGGAAAAGAAAUAGCAGAUAAUUUACUAGAUUUGUAUGUAGAAGGUGUAAAGAGAAGUGAUGUUGAAUUUUAUCACUUUGAACCUACUAUACGAAGAACAGCAUAUCACCAAGGUGGUUUUGAAAAAUCAAUAACAAUUGCACAGCAUUUAAUCGACCACUAUAUACCAUUCCUACCUCUUGAACAACAUCAUAUAGAAUUAUGCGCAUUGGCAGAAUUUCGUGCACAUGGAAUACUGCAACCCACUAAGGAAAUGUUGGAUGAUGCUCUUAGUGUAAUAACAUAUGGACCUACUGAGAGUCAACCCAUAUUUGCAAACAAUGGCUGCAAACGAUUUACAAGACACAUUCCAUACGUGAUACAAAAGUAUAAGGAAAAAAGUAGUAGUAAAUAAGGUUUAAAUCAUAGUUUAUGUCUGAGAUUGUGAUAGUAAUAAUGUUUAGCUAGAAGCUACUAAUCUAAAAGAUUCACAAGUUGUUUUGUAUAUCAACUAUUGUAAAUAUUUUUUAUUCACUUUCAAAUCGUGAAAGCAGAAGUAUUACAUGUGAUAUUUUUUCAAACAGCUAAUAAACACUAUUUAGACAUUUACGAGUUAUAUACAUAUUGUAAAAUAUGUUUAUAAAGAAGCUUAAAUAGCUCCUAAUUCUACUAAUAUUAUUAAUGUGAGUUUGUAAAGAUGUUUCGAUACUUGUUACACAAACAUACCUAAAUGACUGAAAAGACUUUAAUAAAAGUUGGUACAUAGAUGAACUAUACUUUAAAUAAUAUUCUAUUUAUACUAAAAAUAAUCUUGUGGGUAUAACCGUUAUAGAUAAGUCGAAAAAUCCAACUUGGCUGGGCAGCACUUGGGAAACUACUAUUAGAUACUCGCCACAUCUCCAAUUAUCCAAAUACGAAAGUGUUUAACCAGUUCGCCUUGCCAGUUAUACUCCAAGUCACUCAGCGAGCUAUGAAGAGGCCUAUGUUCAGAAUUUUACUACAUAUUAAAAUCCGGAAUAUGGAAAAUCGCAGAAAACUAAAGUCACCGACAUAGUCUCCAAAUUAAAAUGGCCAGCUAUACAGCUUGAGCCAAUGUUAACCAAUGAGGAAAGAAGGAUCUCGAAUAGCGACCUCGUAUAGGCAAAGUUAGUGUAGGACGACCCCUUGCGAAAUGGAGUGACGAUCUCAAGAGUAUUGCAGGAAGUCGCUGGAUGCAAAUAUUUUGUGACGUAAUAUACGUUGUAAUGGUGAUGAUUAAGUAAGCUGUUUUUGUCUUUAUUGUAAUUUUUUUCCUUUUAUUUAUUGUGAAUAAGUACUUAUCAGAUACACAAUUCUUUUAUCCUGUUUUAAUGUUACCGUGAUUUAGUUUACAAGUUCAAUAAAAAUUUACUAAAACCUA